AUGUUCCGACUCUUUCGACCACUGCUCUUCACGAAGCCCUUCGUGCGAUCAUACUCGUCCGAAACAAAGCGCUUCAGCACAGUGGAAGCCCUGGAAUAUGUGAACAACACAAAGAAGCUCAGCAUACCUGGAUUCGACGCCAAUAAACCCGCAGUCUUUAGAUCCGCAUUCUCCGAUUUUCCAGCGGAAAAGAAAUGGUUCACUUCGAGUAAUGAUCAUCCUGGAUAUCUUCAGGAGCUCAAUCUAGCGUAUUUGGAAAAGCAUGGCAACGCAAUUGUGCCGCUAGAAGUAACGCGACCAUCCGUCCACAAUACGCAGAACGAGACGUUCGAUCGCAUCGAAGCGCCUUUCUCCCUUCUUCUGGCGCACAUGGGCGCGAUGGACGACCAGGGCGUACGCCUUUACCUCGCGCAACAUUCGUUAGAAGAUCUUCCAGCGGAACUGAACAAAGACCUGCCCACGCCAUUGACUUUCCUAACAUGCUUGAAAGCUCGUGGCGAUAUCUAUGCUUCGAGUCUUUGGAUGGGUAGACCGCCGACUCGUACCCCAUUGCACCGGGAUCCGAAUCCAAAUCUCUUUGUGCAAUUGGCAGGUAAGAAGAAGGUCAGGAUGAUGACACCUGAGGUUGGAAGAGGCGUGUUUGAGAGGGUGCGGCAGCAGAUACGUGGAGCUGCUGGUGAUGCGAACAUGAGGGGUACAGAGAUGAUGCAGGGGAGGGAGAUGGAGGGCCUUGAGACUGCCGUUUGGGAUGAGAAUGAGGGUGGGGAUGGUGGCAUGCCGUUAGGGGGAUUGGGAAGGGCGCAAAUGCUUCUGUAG